GAGAGGACGUGCGGUGCAGCGAAAGGCAGCGGCGGAGGCACCGCUGGACUUGGAGGGCCGGCGGGCGCCGGGAAUCAAGACGCAGGCGCCGGCGGGGAAGCGGAGCUGCGGGCAGAGGCUCCAUGUUGGGAAGCGGCGCGGCUCGUCCUCGUUAGCGGGAAUCGGGGCGCCGCGGGCACAGCCAGCGGGGGCCGGGCCCUGAACGAAGAUGGAGGCCCCUCUGCGGCCUGCCGCGGACAUCCUGAGGCGGAACCCGCAGCAAGACUACGAGCUCGUUCAGAGGGUCGGCAGCGGCACCUACGGGGACGUCUAUAAGGCCAGAAAUAUACAUACGGGAGAGUUGGCUGCAGUAAAAAUUAUCAAAUUGGAGCCUGGAGAUGAUUUUUCUUUGAUUCAACAAGAGAUAUUUAUGGUUAAAGAAUGUAAGCAUUGCAACAUCGUUGCCUACUUUGGAAGCUAUCUCAGUCGGGAAAAGCUGUGGAUUUGUAUGGAAUACUGUGGUGGCGGAUCACUUCAAGAUAUUUACCAUGUUACUGGACCAUUAUCAGAGUUGCAAAUAGCCUAUGUAUGCAGAGAAACUUUACAGGGUCUUGCCUAUUUGCAUACCAAAGGCAAAAUGCAUAGAGAUAUCAAAGGUGCAAAUAUUUUAUUGACAGAUCAUGGUGAUGUAAAAUUAGCUGACUUUGGCGUGGCUGCAAAAAUAACAGCUACCAUUGCAAAAAGAAAAUCUUUCAUUGGCACUCCUUACUGGAUGGCCCCAGAAGUUGCAGCAGUAGAAAAGAAUGGUGGCUACAACCAACUCUGUGAUAUCUGGGCAGUAGGAAUAACAGCAAUUGAACUUGGAGAACUUCAACCACCUAUGUUUGAUCUUCAUCCAAUGAGGGCCCUCUUCUUAAUGUCAAAAAGUAAUUUUCAGCCUCCGAAACUAAAGGACAAAACAAAAUGGUCAUCAACAUUCCAUAAUUUUGUCAAAAUAGCACUAACCAAAAACCCAAAAAAAAGACCAACUGCUGAAAGACUUCUGACUCAUACGUUUGUAGGGCAGCCAGGUCUCUCUAGGGCCCUAGCAGUUGAACUGUUGGACAAAGUGAACAAUCCAGACAACCACACACAUUACACUGAAGGAGAUGAUGAUGACUUUGAGCCUCAUGCAAUCAUUCGUCAUACCAUUAGAUCUACAAACAGGAAUGCCAGAGCUGAACGGACAGCUUCAGAAAUAAAUUUUGACAAAUUACAAUUUGAACCCCCUCUGAGAAAAGAAACAGAAGCACGGGAUGAAAUGGGAUUGUCAUCAGACCCAAACUUUUUGUUACGCUGGAAUCCUUUUGUUGAUGGUGCAAAUACUGGCAAAUCAACCUCAAAACGUGCAGUACCACCUCCCCUACCUCCUAAGCCAAGGAUAAACAGUUAUCCAGAAGACAACCUCCCAGAGGAAGAAAAAUCAUCAACUGUAAAACGUUGUCCUGAUUCAGAGAACAGAGCUCCCCAGGUUCUCAGAAGACAGAGUAGUCCGAGUUGUGGCCCAGUAGCCGAGACUUCAGCUAUUGGAAAUGGUGAUGGUAUUUCAAAACUGAUUAGUGAAAAUACAGAAGGAUCAGCACAGGCACCACAGUUACCACGGAAAAAGGACAAGAGAGAUUUCCCUAAACCAGUCAUCAAUGGCCUUCCACCCACCCCAAAAGUGCUGAUGGGAGCAUGUUUUUCCAAAGUUUUUGAUGGCUGCCCUUUGAAAAUUAAUUGUGCAACAUCCUGGAUACAUCCUGAUACAAAAGAUCAGUACAUUAUUUUUGGGACUGAAGAUGGUAUUUACACAUUGAAUCUCAAUGAGCUACAUGAGGCAACAAUGGAACAGUUAUUUCCACGGAAAUGUACUUGGCUCUAUGUCAUCAAUAAUACUUUAAUGUCAUUGUCAGAAGGAAAAACCUUUCAACUCUACUCUCAUAAUCUUAUAGCUUUGUUUGAACAAGCCAAAAAACCGGGAUUAGCUGCCCAUAUUCAAACUCAUAGGUUUCCAGACCGCAUACUACCAAGAAAGUUUGCUUUAACAACAAAGAUUCCUGAUACAAAAGGCUGCCACAAAUGUUGCAUAGUCAGAAACCCUUACACGGGACAUAAAUACCUCUGUGGAGCUUUACAGUCUGGAAUUGUUUUACUUCAGUGGUAUGAGCCAAUGCAGAAAUUCAUGUUGAUAAAGCACUUUGAUUUUCCUUUACCAAGUCCUUUGAAUGUUUUUGAAAUGCUGGUAAUACCAGAACAGGAAUACCCUAUGGUCUGUGUAGCUAUUAGCAAGGGCACUGAACCAAAUCAGGUAGUUCAGUUUGAGACAAUCAAUUUGAACUCUGCGUCUUCAUGGUUUACAGAAAUUGGUGCAGGCAGCCAACAGCUGGAUUCCAUUCAUGUAACACAAUUGGAGAGAGAUACUGUUUUAGUAUGUUUAGAUAAAUUUGUAAAAAUUGUAAAUCUACAAGGAAAACUAAAGUCAAGCAAGAAACUGGCCUCUGAGCUAAGUUUUGAUUUUCGCAUUGAAUCUGUAGUAUGCCUUCAAGACAGUGUGUUGGCUUUCUGGAAACAUGGAAUGCAGGGUAAAAGCUUCAAAUCGGAUGAGGUUACCCAAGAGAUUUCAGAUGAAACAAGAGUUUUCCGCUUAUUAGGAUCAGACAGGGUUGUCGUUUUGGAAAGCAGGCCAACAGAAAAUCCUACUGCACACAGCAAUCUUUACAUCUUGGCUGGACAUGAAAAUAGUUACUAAGCAACAGAAACUGGUCUCAAAUGACAGGAAAAUCAAUACACACCCCAUUGAAAGCAAAGAUGUCUUAAGGAAAUUCAGUACAAACUACAGUAUCAUUUGCUUUAAUUUGUUAUGGGUUAUAUCUCAAAUGAUCUGUACUUUACAAUAUUUUCUGUAGCUGGAAACAGCUAGUCUAUCUCUUGCCACUGUGUGGUGGUUAUAUCAAGUUUGCUUAAUAAAAGCUAUGAGACAAAUAGUCCUCUAGUUCUAGGAAACACAGUCUUUUUUUAAAAAAAAAAAUAAUGUUUGUAACAAGGGUGCCAUGAUAUUUUUAGGUAGCAACUCGUGAUUAUCUUCAGAGAGAGGAAUUUAGUGACAGUUUUCUCAUUUUAUACCAUGUUUUAUUCCUUCUUAAUGAACAUAAUUUGAUAAAGAAAUUAUCAGAUAAGCCUUUCACUUUUACAUUGGCCAUUCUGUAUGUUUUUGUAAAAUAGAAUAUUUAAUCCUUAUUUAUUAAUCUCUUGCUGGAGUGGUGUAAUGUAUCUAACUUUUAGUAAAGGAGGGUUGCAGAGCAGCUUAAAUUUUUUUAUAAUGUAUAAAAACUUUGUUUACCUUUUAAGACUAGUACUUUGAAGCGUUAAAGGCUGUGUUUGGAGGUUCAAUACAUACAUGCAGUUUUAUUUAACACAAGUAUUUUGUAAUAUAAUAUCAUCCAGAAUUGCCUUAAAAGGGAGUUACAUGUUUUCAACUACACAUAGUUGUUAGGGGGGUCAUGUAGAAAAUAUUGAUGAUGGUUGAAAUUGUUAGAAGAAGUAUGUAUGUCUAGAUGUUACUAUCGUGUGUAUGUAUUCUCGACAAGCAGUAUAAUACACCUGUGAUUUUUUUUUUCUUUACAUUAGGGAUAAUGCUUAAGAAAUUAAUCUUCAUAUAUAUUAUCAUCCCUAAUGUAGGAGGGAAAAGUACUUAACUGCCCAUGAUAUGUAUUUUACUUAUACUAUACCAGAGGGGGAACUGUAAAGUAACUACACAUGUAUUCUUGGGUUUUUCACAUAUAUAAGUAUUCAUUUUGAGUAGUUGUAAGAAAAAAAAUCCUUAAAUGAAAUUUAAUUCCUGAUGGGAUAGUAUUAUAAAAGCCAGUAUUUUAAAAAUAAGAAAGGAUAGGGCCAUUGUUGAGUUUUCUUCCUUUCUGCUAUUGUUAGCAUUCAAAAUUAAAGUGUCACUUUGGUACCUCUUGUCUUAACACAUUUAUUGAGACCAGUUACUAUUGAGAUGAUUAACACAGGUUGGCAGUAGCAAACUGUAGAGGCAUUUUGAGCAAUUCCUUGAGAGGAAGACAGUAUAACUAUCUCAUUCAAUCUUUGGCGAUCCUGUAUAGUAGGUAUUAUCAUCAUCUCCAUUUUUCAGAUAAGGAGAGAGGGGGGUUAGCAAGGUUAAGAGAGUUACCCAAUUCACACAGCAAGUUAAUGGUUGAGCCAGACCAUGAGUCUUGUGACUCUGUUCUUUUCACUAUGCAAUAUGCAAACAAUAAAAUGUUAUACAAAUGAAAUAUAAA